AUGAUUAAGGUGGACAGUGGAAUUUUGAUCAACCAUGCUGAAAUCUUGAAAGACAAGACGGCUAAAUACCCCCUGACUAGAACUGAAGUAAAAAUGAGCACCUGUACUCAAGGUUCUGGAUCGUUUAUCUGGCAGAACGUUUGGUCUAACACCUUACCGACCAAAGCCGCAUUCUGUUUCAUAUCUCAAAAAGCUGUCAAUGGUCAUUACGAGAAGAACCCAUUCAACUUCCAGAACCUUGUGGAAGAGAUUGCACUUUACGUGAACGGGGAAAGCAUGCCUACCCGCCCCAUGAAAAUCGACGUAGGAACUAAUCAAAAUUACGUCACACUCUUUGUCAAUUUAUUUGAAGCGGCAGAAAAAUGGAACAAAGAUGCAGGAUUGGAAAUAACAAGAAGUCAGUUUGGCAAAGGAUAUACCAUAUACACUUUUAGCCUGACCCCUAGUGACCUAGGUGAAGAAUAUAUAAACCUGGUGAGACAAGGAAAUGUUCGACUCGAAGUCAAAUUUGCUGCCAAUACAACGGAAACCUUGAACUGUCUGGCCUACGCAGAAUUUCCGGCCCUCUUGGAAGUGGACCAACCACGGGACAUCAAAUACACUAAAGUAUGA